UGCGCUCAUUCAGACUCUCUCUGACAGUCAGACAGCGUGGAAACAUGGUGCUAGAUUUGGACCUGUUCAGAACCGACAAAGGCGGCGAUCCAGAAAUCGUCCGAGAGACUCAAAGGAAAAGGUUUAAAGAUGUGACACUGGUUGAUAAACUGAUUGCUGCAGACACAGAGUGGAGAAAAUGCCGCUUCACUGCAGACAACCUCAACAAGGCGAAGAACCUUUGCAGCAAGAGCAUUGGAGAGAAAAUGAAAAAAAAGGAACCAGUUGGAGAUGAUGACUCUCUACCUGAAGAAGCCGAGAACCUGGAAUCCCUUACAGCUGAAACACUGUCGGCCCUUACAGUAACCCAGAUCAAGAAGGUGCGUCUGCUUGUGGAAGAGGCGGCGGAGCAAACUGACGGUGAGAGAGUAAAGCUGGAGGCAGAGCGCUUUGAGUACCUGAGAGAGAUCGGAAACCUUCUGCAUCCGUCUGUACCCAUCAGCAAUGAUGAGGAUGCAGAUAACAAGGUGGAGCGUACCUGGGGUGACUGCAGUGUCCAAAAAAAGUACUCUCAUGUUGACCUGGUGGUCAUGAUCGAUGGCUUUGAUGGAGAGAGGGGAGCUAUAGUGGCUGGGAGCAGAGGUUAUUUUCUGAAGGGGCCUCUGGUGUUUCUGGAGCAGGCUCUCAUCAAUUAUGCCUUAAGGAUCCUGCACAGCAAGAAUUACACCAUGCUCUACACGCCCUUCUUCAUGAGGAAGGAGGUGAUGCAGGAAGUUGCCCAGCUCAGCCAGUUUGAUGAAGAGCUUUACAAGGUCAUUGGUAAGAGCAGUGAGAAGUCAGACGACAACUCCAUCGAUGAGAAGUACCUCAUUGCCACCUCUGAACAGCCAAUUGCAGCCUUCCUGAGAGAAGAGUGGCUCAAACCUGAGGACCUACCCAUCCGCUACGCAGGUUUCUCCACCUGCUUCAGACAGGAAGUGGGCUCCCACGGCCGAGACACCCGCGGGAUCUUCAGGGUGCACCAGUUUGAGAAGAUCGAGCAGUUUGUCUAUGCCUCCCCACAUGAUGGAAAAUCCUGGGAGAUGUUUGAUGAGAUGAUCAACACGGCAGAAGAGUUUUACCAAUCAUUAGGAAUUCCUUAUCGCAUUGUCAAUAUUGUUUCUGGUGCCCUGAAUCAUGCAGCCAGUAAGAAGCUGGACCUGGAGGCCUGGUUCCCUGGCUCUGGCGCUUUCAGAGAGCUGGUCUCCUGCUCAAACUGCACCGACUAUCAGGCCAGACGCCUCCGCAUUCGCUUCGGACAGACCAAAAAGAUGAUGGACAAGGCGGAGUUUGUUCACAUGUUGAACGCCACCAUGUGUGCCACCACACGAGUGAUGUGUGCCAUCCUGGAGAAUUACCAAACAGAAGAGGGGAUCAUUGUUCCAGAGGUGCUCAGGGACUUCAUGCCUCCUGGUUUGACAGAGAUGAUCAAGUUUGUUAAACCUGCUCCUAUAGAUCAGGAAGUGGCCAAGAAAGCAAAGAAACAGGAAGGAGGCAAGAAGAAGAAGCAGGGAGGUGGAGGAGACCUCCCCAACGCCAUGGAGAGCAUGUCUGUCAACGAAUCAUAGACACCAGUACACAUGAAGCAUCAUUUCACCAACCACACAGAUAGAAACUGAUGGAGUAGAGCCUCUUGUAUUCUGAUCCAGGGUCAGAUUUGCCUCUUCAUUCACACUGAAACCCUUGGAAAACCGGCACUUAAUCUUUCUUUGCCCUAUAGUGAAGGCUGGCUCUGUUCUGUCUAUUUCUGUCUGAGUGGAUAGCCGUCUUCAUCUCAGCUAUUUGUCUCCUUGUUCACAUUAAGCACACUGAAAAAGGGAUCUAUCCGUGCUCUCACUCAUCAGUCCGCUGACCACCUGUCUGUCUUCUUCAUCUUCAUACAUCUGCAGCAGCACCGAGCCUAAAACAAACCGAUAUGAGACAGAGCAAUGCAAUAGUUAGAAUUUCCAACUUUCCAUGCAUUGGAAAAGAAAUGUUACUUGGGUGUAGAGCAGAUAAAUGCCUGGUUAUAAUGUUUGUCUUCAGCUAUUGUGGAUCUAUAAUCAUCUGAGAGUGUGUUUUUUGUACAACUUCUCUUUAAUUUGUCUGAACUCUUCAACUGUCAGCUCUUUGUUGAGACCAAAACCUUCAUCUCUUCAUGGAAACAUGGUGGUUAUCUUCUGUUGGUGACCUUAAAUUCAAUCUACUGUAAUUCAAACUUUAGUUUGAACAGUCAGGUGUUGGAGUUUCUGUUUGUUUUAGGCUUCGCUUCCUGUAAACUCAAACCACAAUCAUCAUCUACGACCACUGUCACUCAGCAUCAUUGUUGACCAUAACGCUGUCCACAAGCUUAUGACUCAGACGUCGACAUUGUCUGUAAGCACUUGCUAAUACAAAUAUAUAUAAUAAAUAUAUAUAUAUGACUGAACAUUGAUGAUGUGGCUCUCAGAUUAAAUACAGUUGGUAUUG